AUGCCUCCGAAACGUACGACGGACGGCGGAUCCAGCGCAGCUCGUGGACGUCCGAAGAGCAGCACCGCCGGCAAGGAGAGCGUAUCGAAGACGGCAGCUGCACCGCCGUCGAGCAACCGGUUCGGAUCAUCCGACGAAGACGAGGAGGAGGAGGGCGUAGAAGAAGAAGAGGAAGAAGACGCCCGGCGGGGGGACGAUGACCGGCCGGAGAAGAGGAUCCCGGACGAGCUGUUGACGAGGCUGCUGCACGAAUUCUUCACAAAGGACGCGACACGGAUAUCAAAGGAUGCGAAUGCCGCGGUGGGAAAGUACGUGGAUGUCUUUGUCAGGGAGGCUAUCGCCCGGACGGCGGUGGAGAAGAGGGGAGGGUUCCUCGAGGUGGAGGAUCUGGAAAAGGUGACGCCCCAGCUCCUGCUUGAUCUAUGA